CCGAACAGCCGCAGUUGUUGUUCGGCGUUCUUUGUGGCCAGACACCAGCGUAUACGUAUACGCAACGUCAUCGUUCGUCUGACGUCGCUUCGAAAAGCGAGAAAAGUUCUGCUUACCGGUUCUAUUUUCGAAAUAUCUAAGUAACGGUCGCAUAUCGGUUUCGUCGUUGCACACGCACGUAAUUCGAGUCAAUCUCCGUUAAUGUUUAAAAUUCAACAACAUACAUAGCCCACACCGCCAUCCAAAAUACAUAAGAUACAACGCAGACACUGGCGAUUUCAUAAUAAAACGUAAAAGCAGCAGUACGACCAAAGAAUCCAACUGACGCAAUUCAAUUGCCAGCAUCACAGUAACCGCAAGCUCAUAAAUUGAGAUUAAGCAAGAGCGCUCAACUUGGCCAAGAGGAGGUUCGGGUACUCGGAGGGUUUUGGCCAACAGCACAGCCAUUGCAAUAGCAAAUCAAUCACUGAGCGCUCGUCGCCCCACCGCAAUUUGCAUGAGCCAACUCGGAAGCAGCCAGCAGAAUCCGAGUCUGAAUCCGAACCAGAAUCCGAAUCUGAAUCUGAAUCUGAAUCAGCCGACACAGAUUCAGAUACAGGGCCAUCAACAGCAGCAUCCUACCAGCCAAAAUCAGCAGCCAAAGCGUCGGCCAAGUGGCGUUUUAUGGCAAUUGCGCCAUCAGCUGCAAAAGCGUAGCACGAGGAAGAUGAAAACCAUUUCAUGAUACUACAAGUGGUCCGAAUCGGUGCUAUUGAACUAUCUGAGAAUGCCGUCGACGCCGUACGAUCUGGUCCAGGAUGACCAGGAUCUGCGGGUGCCACUCCACGCCGAGCAGGCCUUCUUCCACGGCAUCACAUUUCAGGCCAAGUUCGUUGGCUGGGAAGAGGUUCCACGACCAAACACUCGAGCCGAGAUUGUUCAGGCCAUGCGACGCAUAAGGUACGAGUGCAAAGUGCAGAAUCUGAAGAAGCGAAAGGUCACCAUCCACAUAUCGGUAAAUGGCGUACGCGUUGUGCUCAAAAAACGUCGUCGAAAAAAAAAGAACUGGACCAAUGACCCCGAGGACAUCGAGUUGCUCAAUCAUCCCAUCUAUAGAAUAUUCUACGUGUCCCACGACAGCAGCGAUCUCAAGAUAUUCAGCUACAUAGCGCGCGAUGCCAGCACGGAUACGUUCAAGUGUUCCGUCUUCAAAAGUCACAAAAAGUCUCAGGCGAUGCGCAUCGUUCGAACCGUGGGACAAGCCUUUGAAGUGUGCCACAAAUUUAAUCUUCAUAAGAAUUCCCUGGAACCCAAUGACGAACGCUCCGACAUAUCCUCCUCGGAGCUGCUGGACGUGGAACAGAUCAGCGAGCAGCAACUAUCCGAGGAUGGCGAACGCGGUGGCGGCGACAACGAGACGCCCAAGAAAGAGCACUUGGCCAUAACGCCCGAUCUGAACCACACGCAGCCGCAGCGGCCGAGCCACUUGGAUAUAAUGCCAUCGCAUUCGAGUCUACGCAAAUCGAACAGCCUGCUGUGCGAUGUGGAUGACAAGUCGCCGGGCUCACCCUCCUCGCCGCGCUCUGAGAUCACCCAGCUGAAGGACCAGCUGGAGGCACAGGCUCUGCAGACGCGCCAGGCUCUGGGCCAACUGAUGCUGGUGCGGGAGCAGCUCAUCUCGGAGACCAAUGCGCGCAUCGAGGCACAGGCGCGCACCCAACAAUUGCUGCAGCAGAACCGGGAGCUCCUGGAGCACCUGGCCUCCUUGGGGGCCUACAACGAGCAGCAGACAGCCGGACUGACGUCGGCCAACAUCGGAAUGGCGCCCCAGCAAUCGCAGCUGCAAAUGCUGCUGCAGGCCACCAGCAACAACAAUAAUCUGGCCACGAUCAACCAGCAGAUCAGCAAUUUGGGCAGCAUCAAUCAGCAGUUGACCUCGCUGAGUCACCAGCUAAGUGGCCUGAAUCAGCAGAGCCAGCACCUCCAGAAUCUGCAGCAGCAGCAGCAACAGCAGCAGCAGCAGCAACAAACGCAGGCGGCACCGACUCCGGCCACGCCCCCUCCGGCUGCGGGGGGCAGUAGUCCGUAUCCCUCGAUGAGUGCGCUGCAGAGCAUCAGCAAUCAGUUGCAGCAGCAGCAGCAGCAACAGCAGCAGGAUGCCUUGUCCAAGGAUCUGUUCCAGGUGAAUCAGGAGCUGCUGAAUCGCCUCCAGGCGCUGAACUUAAAUGCCAAUCCCGGCCAGAGCCAGCAAGCGCCCGCUGCCUCGGCGCACAACUCCUUCUUCUAUGUGAAUCCCUUGUCCUGCACACCGGCCACGCCCAACAACAAUGCUGGCGCAGCAGGAGCUUUCAAUUUCCUGACCUCUCCGGCGGCCACGGGAACACUGACGCCCUCGCCGCUGGGCACCAUGAAUCGGAAUUCCUUCGCCGGGAGUUCGUCCUUGAACGAGGAUAUUCGCCUGAGCAUCGAGCAGAAUCUGAAUAAUCUGGAGGAGCAACUCAAGGCAGCGGUGUCCAAUGGCAACCUGGCUGGCCUGGCCUGUGGAGGAUCGACCAGCACCCGGGACACCAGUCGUAGCUCCUCCACCCUGGACUCCCCAUCCUCGCCACGCUUGAGGAGCAGCAAUAACAACAUUAGUCCUGGGGGCAGCAAUGGCAACCAAAACCACAACAAUAAUAGCAAUAGCAAUAGUAGCAGCAGUCGGGAAACGCGAUUCAAUACGGUCUUGCUGAGGGUCACCGACGAGGCGGGUCACCAGAGGAAGCUAUCGGCCACGCCCAGUUUCAUCACGAGGAGCACCAGCGAGAAGGUGCCCAAUCGCAGCCAGAUGAUGAGCCAGGUGCAGAGGACCACCUGGGCCAGGCACACCACCAAAUAGGAGCGGGGGUUCGAAACUCCAAACUCCCAGUGGACCAGGUCAUAGGUUAAAGCAUAAGCAGAGAGUGGGAGUGCAUGGGUGCAUGAUCGAGUGAAUGAGUGGGUGGAACAGUAUUAAUUUAGGAGAAAAUGAACCCUACUUUAGUUUUGCAUUUUAGGUGUCCUAGUAGAACGCAUCGCUGGCGUUUAGUGUGCCAAUUAUUUGCCCAGCUCGACGUCCUUUUAAGUGUAAUAUACAUGUACAUCUACUUAGCGAUAUCUUCUAGCUCAAACUGUGCCAAAGUCGAAAGUUCAUAGUACUCCAAAGUUUGGUUAGCUUCCGGGCGAUAAACCAGCAGCGAUAAACCUUAAGUAAAAGUAUUUGUGAAACAUAAUCUUAGCAUAUCAGCAACGAAGAAACUUACUCAAGUUCGCAAUAAUCGUUUGAAAGUAUUUUCUCUCCCCUAAAUGAACAACUAUAUCUAUACAACUAGUGGUUAAGCUAAUGAGUCUAGUUUAAACGGAUUAAGUUCGAUACUGUUAUUUUUGUAAAUUGUUGUAUUUUAAUUCAAUUCAUGCGUGUCCCGCAUAGUCUUUAUCCGCAAAAAUGCAAUAAUCAUGUGUAAUGCAUUCAUUAGUUGCCAGGCUGGAGAGUUGUGUGUAAAUUACAAUUUCAAAUACUCGUUUGAAAGUGGCAUACAGGCGGUAGAAGUGAACGGCAGACAACCAGAAAUAAUAAUAAAAAUCGCAUAAUUAUGUAAAAACCCUUGGCGAUUGUUUUGGCUCCUUUAUCGUAU